UUACACUUUUAUAUGAUUGAAAAUGCACAUAAGCAAGUUAAAUUUUCCAGAUUGAAGACGAUAACAUUCAAAUCCGACCGAACCGACGUUUAAUGAUGAAGUAAUUUUAAUUUGAACACUUGAAAAAUUUGUCAUGUUUUUCAAAAUAAUUUUACAUAAAUUCCACACAAAAAUUUUUAAAAUAAAUAUUUCAAUUAAUAAACAAAAACUAACUUAAAAAUGGCAAACAUCUGUCCUAUAAAAUCACCUCACAAAGCCCUAAUACUCGCCGAGGCUUACGAACACAAAGAAGCCUAUCGACCGGCCUUGAACAUUUAUCAAUCUUUGGUGAAAAAUUCUGAAAUAUCACUUCGUGUCAAAAUAAAUCUCGGAAAUGUACAUUUCAAACUUCAAAAUUAUCCUCUGGCAAUAAAAUUCUAUAAAAUGGCUCUCGAUCAAGUUGGACAAAAUAAAAAGAAUAUUUAUUCGAAAAUAAUGCAUAACAUAGGUUUAGCAUUUAUUCAACAGAAACAAUAUUCAGAAGCUGCUUUUGUCUUUGCUUACAUCAUCAAAGAAAGUCCUGAUUUUAGGGCAUAUUUACACUUGAUUUUAUGUUGGUUUGCCUUGAGGAAGAUUGCGAAAAUUCGUCGUUCAUUUUCAGACUUAUUCAGUCUUCCAAAACUUGAUACUAAAGUUGAAGAAAUAGCUAAAUUGAUUAUUCUCAUUUCACCAUUAAUUGAAGAAGUUGAAGAAGAUGGCUUCAAUUGGUGUGUUGAUGUUAUCCGAAUUACGGACUACGCUUGGAUGGCAGAUAAUUUAGAAAUAGCUCGAAUAGUUGAAUUGAUGAGAAAAGGAAAUUUGGCAGAAGCAUUGAAAUUUCUACAGAAAUUCGAGAUGAACGUCAAACAUUUGACAGAAAAUUCAAGAAUUAAUUUAAGCUUCGUUUAUCUCCAUCUAAAAAAGUUAGAACAAGUUGAAAAUCUCCUAAAAGGUUGUACAAAACCAAAAGCAUACAAUAACUAUGGUGUUUUGAAAUUCUUGCAAAAAGACUAUAUUGCAGCUGAGAAAGCUUUUCAUAUAGCAAAUGAUUCGAAGGAAGAAAUCUAUGAAGCAAGUUACAAUUUAGGAUUGGUUCAAAGAAAAUUGGGUGAUAGAAAACAAUCUCAGGAAAUAUAUGACACAAUUCUCAAGCAAUAUCCAUUUCCAUACAAUUUAAUGAUGUUUGGACUUUCGAACAUAAAUGAUCCGGGAGUUUUGAGGAACAUUGCCAAGUUGUAUAAAAAUCUAUCAAAUUACAAAAUGGCCAAGUGGUUUUUCGAAGAAGCUUUUGCUGUCAAUCCACUGUAUUGAAAUUCUUUUCAUCGAUGUCUUCUAUUCUAUUCAUGUUUAAGUAAAUAAAAAAGGAUUGAAUGAUAUUCACUAAUUGCCAACAA